UUCGGGUCAGAAGCACUCGAAAUUCUGCGUUUUUAUUGAAAUCGGAAUUAAUAAGUCAUAGACCCAGGUUACAACAGUCCAAUUACGAUUGAUCAUUUCAAAGAUUCACCGCUUCCCACAGUGUCAGUGCUACGCAGGUUUGUCGAGAAUUCUGAACACAAGAGAGCUUUUUGGAAACAUGAGAGACAAAAAUCUUCUUACUUUGGUACUUCUGGCUGUGAUAUCAACGAUUGCUGCACAUGGUGCUCACGAAAAUGACAUCGAGCACAAACUGCUUGCCGAUCUGUUCACCAAGUAUAAUAAAGAUGCCAGACCUGUUAUUAACAAGACCGAAGCUGUAGAGGUUCAGUUCGACUUGGCUUAUGCACAACUUAUAAACUUAAAUAGCAAAGACCAGAUUCUACAGAGCAAAGUGUGGUUAAGACAGAUGUGGACCAAUCCGUUCCUGACGUGGGACCCAGCCAAAUAUGCUGGCAUAAAGUCCAUCAACGUUGAUCCGAAGUUGAUCUGGAAACCCGACAUAAUACUUUAUAACAAUAUUGGUUUUGGCGAGACCGGCGCCGUUGACGGCUUUGACACCAAAGCAACCAUCAGAUACAACGGUUACACCGAAUGGUUCGCUCCCACAGAGAUCCAUAGCAUCUGCAAGAUUGACAUCACCUUCUUCCCUUUCGACGAACAGUUCUGCACCUUGAAGUUCGGCUCUUGGACCUACACCGAAUCCCAGCUGAACUUCACCAAAAAGAGAGCAACGGCUGACAUGUCGAUGUACACGAUCAGUGGAGAAUGGGAUUUGGUGAAUACCCCAGCUGUGAGGCACGCUGUCAAGUACAGCUGCUGCCCCGAUCGUUUCCUAGACAUUACCUACACAAUCCACAUUCGUCGGAAAGUUCUUUUUUACUUGACGAAUCUCAUUGUACCUUGUCUUGUCUUAGCCAUGUUGACAGUAUUCUCAUUCCAUCUUCCUCCGGAGUCUGGAGAACGAAUGGGUCUCGUUAUUACGAUAUUGUUGGGUCUCACCGUCUUCAUGCUCGUGUUUACGGAAAACGUUCCACGCACUUCAGAAGUGACACCUUUGAUUGGAAAGUACGCUUUUACUGUUCUGUGUAUCGUUGCCAUGGCAUUGCUAAUCACGUGUUGUAUCCUCCGGGUCUAUCACAAAGAUCCUGAUCGGAAAAUCCCGAGAGUGUUCCGAAAACUUAUUUUCGAUCUUCUUGGUCCUAUGCUCUUGAUGAAGCCACCGGUGGAAGAAUCGUUCGCGCUUGAAGCAGAGAAGGGAAGAACAAUGCUUAAUCUUACCAAAGCAAAAGGCACGCCUUAUGAUCUGCAUCACAUCAGUAACUAUUCUUCUCCACUCGAGUUGGAUAAACUGGCUGUAAGGUUGGAACCACCGCAGACCAGCCUCCCAAAUGGAAAAGUCUUCCAUUCCUCAGUCGUGUCCAACAUGUCCCAGGAUGCAUCGGAAGAAAAACUAGACGAGAUUGCCAACUAUGUUCACACGAUUGUAGACCACAUCAAAGAGAUGAAAACAACUGAAGGAAAAGUUGGUGAAUGGAGAUACGCCGCAGCUGUGUUGGACUGUUUUUUCUUCUGGGUAAUCCUCAUUAUCAUCCUUGGCUCAACACUUGCCUUUUACUUUAUGAUCCCUUUUUAAGGCUUUUCUGUCUUCCUUUCCGGUCGAAAAGGCAGAUAUGACAGAAGGAACGAUACAGCGCGUGUAAAUAUAAUAAAAGUCUCCCACAAAGUAAACUGAUGGUCUAAAUCUUAGCGCUGAAAAACUAAUGCAGUAGUUCAAAAACGUAGUCGCCGGAAAACUAAUUAGAAAGACGUAAAGAUUACAAUGGGCCCGAGUUUUUCAUUGUUAUUAUUUUGCGGAGAAACAAAGGAAUCCAAUAAACCAGGAGAAAAUCGUAAUGGAGAGAAAAAACAAACAAUUCUACUAACAUGGCUGGUCCAAUGAGGAACUCUCGACCACGGCUAGUGGUGAGAGGGAGCGCAAUAGGAGAGGUAAACUUGGGAAUAUGCAAACCAAGAAUAUGCCAAGAAAUCACUCAUAUAUCAUGCAAGAAAUCACUGAAAACUGAUCAGUAAUGAAAUAUGUAAAUUGUGAAUAUCUAAUGCGUAAAGAAAGGAUUUAUUUUUGAGAAUCUAAACCUGCUCAGUGGUUUGGCAUCGCAGGCACUCUCAACAACAGACUCUCAGUAAAUUAGAGUAACAUAGAAUUAAUUAUCCUAGUUGAAGUUCAAAGACUUUUUUGAAGUUAAAGCGAGGGAAUAACAAGUGAUUUUGACGUCGAAAGAACUGAACUCUUCCGGUUAUUAUAGCGAGUGAAUAGUCUACUACUUCGACGUUACGGCGGCCAUCAUGCCAGGGAACAAAUCAAAGAUGAUAGAGAAUAUAUAGAGUUUCGUGUGUUUGUGUUCCUUUUAUGUGUUAAGGUGAUCGAUGCGCCGUCUUAAUGCCUUGAAAUCCAAGAUGGCCGCUGUAUCGACGAAUUAGUCCAUUGGGGAACUUUGCAUAGUUCCCAUGAUGCUUUGCUUAUCACUAAUUAGCAUUUAGGUCGGUUUUUAUCAAAGUUUGGAAGGCUUUUGAAGCUUCUCAAUGAAAAUAAGGAAUACUACAGAGGAAUACUACAGCAUAGAAUAUUAUAGAAUACUACAGAGGAAUACUACAGUAUACCUUAUUUUCAUUGAGAAGUUUUACUACAGUAGACUAAUUCUACGAUACGGCGGCCAUCUUGGAUUGGUUUCAUACCAUCAUAAGUUAAUGAAAAAUCUGGUGUUCAAUUUAGUGGAUCAGCAUAAGUUAAUAAGAAGGAAACUUAACUGAACAUYGCGUAAAAAGAUUGGAACUGUACUUAACGUUUCGGGCGUUAGGGAAAAAGCGUUUUUUACUGGGGGAGAGGUGGGGAAUGAGGAAUUCGCAGUAAACCUUUUAAAAACAGUUGAGCAAUCAAUCACGGCUGUCUCUCCCCCCUCCCCUUUGGAAGUGUUGUGGAAGACCACAUCGAUAGAGCUGUCUCAAAAAGCACCCGGUUUUCCUUUUGAAGGCAUUUGUGAUGAUGAUUUCAAUCUGGCAGCAACAAGCUUGGAGUGCUAUAUACAAAUAAAAUGUGUUUGGUUAGAGUUGACCAGGUUA